UUCUGCCGAGACUGGAGCGUUGAGCUCAAAGUUCAUCUCCCGUAACAUGCAAUAUGAAAGUCAACGAUACCGUCUGAUUUCUAUAUCUGUAUCUGUGUGAGGGCAGCGCAGCCAGCGUGCAGACAAGAAAUAGUGACUUUAAGAAAAAAAUGUAUGUGCGCGGGAACGAGGAGUGAGCGCGAGGAAAAGGCACCCGUACGACAUGAUGCAGGAUUCUGUGGAGUCUUUAGUCAAUGUCCUGGAGUCUUACAGGGGGCGAGACAAAGUGAUUCGAACCCUGUGCUAUGGCUCCCAGCUCGUCGGUGGGGUCCUGUCCAGGAAGGAGCAGUCAGAGCUGGGCAGGAGCCUGCUGCUGCUGUCGGCCCAGCUGAGCCAGUGCCGCACGGUGCUGCGGCUCUUCGACGACCUUUCCAUGCUGUCCUACAGCUGGAGCUAUGGGCUCGGAUCCUCGGAGGGGGAUCCUGGAUUGCGCUGGAUGGGUGUGAUAAAUAAUGUCGCUGACCAGUUGUACUACCCAUUGGAACACAUCGCCUGGGCAGCUGAUGCCCAGCUCAUUCGUGCCAAGUCGGACAAGUGGUGGACACUAAGUACUGUGACCUGGGGUGUAUCAUUGCUGCUCGGCAUUCUCAGGUCUAUCAGGAUUCUUAUACUGCUCAAGAGGAAGCUAAGGCAAAAUGGGACAAGCAGUCAGAACAAUGAAAGUGAGGCAGCUGUGAACAGAACCACUGAGGUCCAGCAGCAGGUGUGGGGAGAAGUGCUCAGUGUACUCUGCAGUAUGGCUGACCUGAGCAAUGCCAUUCAUUGGAUGCCUCCUGGUUUUCUUUGGUCUGGCCACUUCCCUGAUUGGUUGGUGGGACUCAUGGGCACUGUUUCCUCCCUCAUUGGCUUGUACCAGAUGUGCUCUGGUAGAAGUGCUGGUGUUUGAUGCUGGGUCCUUAUGUUGCAAACAUUCAAGUUACAAGUUUUUGAAAAUACAAGCAUUUUCAGUUUAAUUUUAAUCGUAUUUUGGUCACUUGUUUGUUUUCCAAAACUUGUUGCAGACCAGAUGUCAUGUCACCUAGACGUUAGUUGGCAUUAAAACCCACCUAGACAUAGCAGGGAUAUGAGACUGAGUUAAUUCAACUUUUUCAGUUUUUAUAACAAGGUAACAUGUCGCUGAUGUUUGCGGUCAACAGUCAAAAUUGAGCAGGAGUGUGUGGAGACUUUUUAUUUUCUGUUAUUUUAAUUUUAAUGUAGUACACAUAUAAUGUUAUAAAGUCUUAAAAUAAAAAAAAAAAAAUCUACCUCUAGCCUAGAUUUUUACAGAAAUGACUUGGGGAAUAAAUCAAGGUACCUGACUAUUAUUCUGGUUUUUGACUGUAGAGAUAUUAAAGGAAACUGAAAAUAAACAGAUGCGGAAGAAUAUCACAUGGGCAUAUGUCAUAGAUUCUGUCAUUGUCACCAA